CGGCUCUCCGUACUCUGGUGAUGUCACCGCCGCUCGGUAUUUGGUUUUGUUUUGGCGGUUUCGCAGCUUCGUUCGUUCUUCGCCCGUUCGAUUCAUUUUGUAAACAGUAGCUUUCUACCCACGAAAUAUGGAACGUGGAAGGAUGAGUCGAGCGACAGGCAGCAGACCGUCGGAUCUGCCAAUGCGAGUGCAAGACAGCAACAGGAUGAGCAUGGUGUAUACAACGCCACAGAGUAAACAGCCUUCGUUUGGGAAGCUCAGCAUACCCAAACCACAGUCUGUGACCUCUGAAAGGCGGACCAGCUUCUUUGGUGCCCGGACUAGUGGUGCCAGCAUGCCUCGCAACAGCACCAUGUCAGGGUUUGGAGGAACUGAGAAGAUCAAAGAUGCCAGACCUCUGCAUGAUAAAUCCUAUGUUCAGCAGUGUAUCAGACAGCUGCAUGAGUUCUUGACAGAGCAAGGUUACCCAGGCACUUUGUCAGCCAAGACUCUCCAGUCUCCCUCGACCAAGGAGUUUGUGAAGAUGUUUGAGUUUAUCUACCGCCAGCUAGACCCAACCUUUGAGAUGCCAAACUCAAAAGUUGAGGAGGAGGUUCCAGCUAUCUUAAAAGCCUUGAGGUAUCCAUUUGUCCUCUCCAAGUGUUCAAUGUAUUCUGUUGGAGCUCCACAUACCUGGCCUCAGGCCCUGGGUGCUCUCAUGUGGCUAAUUGAUAAUGUCAAGAUCAACUGGAGUUUGAGUAAGCAGGAGCUGCUGUUUAGUGACUUCUGUGAAGACAGUGACAAUAUCGAGGAAGGUGCUGAGUAUAACAAGCUCUUCCUGGAUUACACAGCAGAGACAUACUCCAAGUUCAUGCAGGGUGAUGACACAUUUGAGGAUGAGGAUGAAGCCUUCCUCACUAAACUAAAGAAGCUUUACAACGUUGACGAAGCCCUGCUGGCCUCGAUGGAGGAGAAGCACAGAAUACUCAGUGAUGAGGUUGAACGACUGGAGAAGGAGAGCCAGGCGGACCGUCUAAUGAGCAAGAGGAUGGAAAAGGUGAAGCUGCAGGCAGACCUCAAGAAACUCCAGAGUUAUCGAAGCAGCCUGGAGUCGUUUAAAGCCAACCUGGAGAACAAAGCCUCAGAAAUGAAUGAUGAGUUGGAGACGACGGUCAGUCAUCUGGACUCUCUUAAACAUGAGCGGGAUGAACUGCAACAGCUCCUGCAGAACCAGAAGUUUACUCCAGCUGAUGUAGAGAGGAUCAACAGAGAGAAAAGAGAACUCCAACAGACCAUCUCCAGUCUCAGCAAGUCUCAUGAAGAUGCUGAACAGCACAAGUGGAAUGAAGAGAUUGCUCUGGCCAAAGUGAAAGAGAAGGUGGAGUUGAAGCUAACAGAGUACCACAAGCUGGCACGUAAAGUGAAGCUGAUACCACUGUCUGCAGAGAACGCCUGUGGUCACGAUUUUGAGAUCAGGCCUUUUGAAUGUGGUACCAGCAGCAUGGUUCAGCAUAAAACACAGAUACAGAUGCUCCUUAGAAAGCUGAUCAGUGAUGUGGAGGAGGAGAACAGUCGAUUAACCAACAUGAACCUCAGUCUGGAGGAGUCCUGUGAACAGUUGAAUUCUAAUAUCUUGGACAAGUCCAACGAUCUGAAGCAGCUGAGAGAGCAGAUUCGCAAGCUGGAUGAGCGGUUGGAUUCUGACAUGCAGGAGCUGGCCCGAGAGGAACAGGAAUGGGCAGCAGAGAUGGACUCAGUGGAAAACCAUCGUAAACUUCUGGAGAAGAAAGUAAAUUAUGGUUAUGAUGAAGCAGUGCAACAGCUGAAGGCAGCACAACAACAGUACCACCUGGUGCUGCAGGAGACCAAUGAGGAGAGGCGAACAGUAGCCAACAACCUGGCGUCUGUGUUUACCACAGCGGCUAACCACUUGUCGAUUACAGAGAAAUGCCUGGAGGACCUGCACAGCAGAGUGCAACGUGUGUGCUCUAAGGCCGUUGAAGAGGACGCGGCUGCUAUACAGAAGAUGCGGGAAACUUUGAAGAGCUUCAAGUCCAAGGCAAACAGUUUGUAAAGAGAGACAGCGGGAUUGAAGCCUCUGGGUCAUUUCAGGGACUAUGGAAGUGUGUGGGAUUUUCCCAUCAUUUGUGUUUUCAGUUUGCUUUCAUCUUAGAAAGAAGAAACUAAUUACUUCAUUAAUCUGAUUUUCAUCCAUGUGUUCAAGUUUUGGAAAUUUAUUGUAGGACUUAUAACCGUACAUAAACAAAAUAAGAACAUCAGUGUUUUUUUUUACUGUCACAGAUACAUUGUAAAUACAAAGUGGGUCUAUCAAGAUGGAGGCUUUUAAGUCUGAAUGGACUUCCGUUUACUUAUCUGGUAUUUACAGACUUCAGAUUUUCAUGUGUUCUUGUGUGUUUUGUGUCAUUCUCAAUCAACGCUUGCUUUUUUUUGUUGUUGUAGUUAUUAAUAAACACCUAUAUGCAAAAUACAAACUACUUUAAAAGCCUUCAAUUUCUGAUUAAAUACCAGAAAAAAUAGUAUUUGGUCAGUAAAUUGUUUGUAAAGCC